UUGGGUCCGCAGACCCGCUUCAGCCCUGACGACUCGUUUGAGACGCGGAACGGGUCACUGGGCGUCUCGCCGCUGCCUUCCUGACGGCGCGGUACCGCCCCGCGGCCGCUGUUUACGGGCUGAUCACUUCGCGCGCAGCCCAUACCCGCGGGGCGUAACCCGCCAGCCGCAGAGACAGGCCUAACCGGUCAGCGCUGCGUUUAUCAAAGCGGGCGUGCGGGGCUCCGGACGGAGCCGGCGCUGCGGGGCCGGGCCACCUCGGCGCGAGAACUGAAGGCGCCUGCUCCGGGCGGUCCCACCGCUGGAGUUGGGAGCACAUUUCUCAGAUGGGCUUGUCGUCUCUGAUGCUCCCUGUUAACGCCCUCGACAUUAUGAAAACCUAGGGUUGGCUAGGUCCUCAGAAGUAAUACAGUUAUUUCUCUGGCCUACACUUGGGAAAACAAAGAAAUGUCACCCGACUCAAUUACGAGCAAAGAAAACAAAAACUCAAGGAGCAUCUGUUAAAAAGAAAAACUCUCUCUGCAUACAAACAGGAAAAUCAGAAAUUCUCCAGGUGAGUAGAAACGAGGGAAUGAUGACAUCUGAGGGUCUGGUCCAAGAAGAGACAAAAGUUCUGAAACUUAAGACAAAAAUGGCUGAUAAAGAAAAUGUUCAUGGACCUACAAGGAGCAAAAAUAAUGUAACAAUGGGAAAAGAUUGUAUUCCGUUAAAACCUUCUAAUGAAUUAACCAAUUCAACUAUAGCCACUGAUACAAAUAACUUGGAGAAUAAUAAUCAAACUCUGCAGUUGUUACCAAUUACAAAUGAUCACCAAGGUCAACGUAUGACAUUAAGCCAAGCAUUUCACAUUAAAAACAAUAAUAAAAAGAAACAAGUGACUACAGAAAAACCAAAGCAAGAUGCUAACGUGCUCAAGAAACCUGUGCUUGGAUCUUAUCGUGGCCAAAUUGUUCAGUCUAAGGUUAAUUCCUUUAGAAAACCUGUACAAGCCAAAGAUGAGCAUUCUGCAAUAACAAAGAAACUUUCAACUCCUAUCUCUAAAGCCACAAAACCUCAGCCUAUAAACACCAGCAGCGUAAUAGCAAAAAGUCACAGAGCCUCAAAUAUGAUGACUACGACUAAAUUUGUGAGGGCUACAUCUCAGAAUGAACAACUUUUACGUCCUCCUAUUAGAAGUCACCACAGUAAUACUCAUAAUACCCAGGACUCCCAGAAACAAGGCAUUGCCAAUGUUACAGUUCGGAAGGGGUCUCAUGAGAAAGAAUUACAAUUAAAUACAGUUUUAACUAGUGUCAAAACCAUUUCUUCUCAGGAAGUAAAAAGAAAUAAGACAGUAUCAAGAAGCAUCACAUCUCAAAUGAUAGCCAGGCCUGCUUCAUCUUCUAAUAUCAAACAGAUAGAAAAGUCAAAAACCAUUGACCAGUGCAGGCAUACUAUAGCAAAAGCAACUAUCAGCAAUAGAAGGGCUCAGCCCAAAGAAACCGUAGAAGAAAGAAAAGCUCGUCUGAGUGAGUGGAGAGCUAGCAGAGGAAAAAUAUUGAAAAGGCCUCCUAGCUCAGUAAUAACCCAGCCUGAACCUGAAGGACAGAAUGAAAAACCAGUUGGGUCAUUUUGGACUACCAUGGCAGAAGAAGAUGAACAAAGAUUAUUUACUGAAAAAGUAAACAAGACAUUUUCUGAGUGCCUAAACCUGAUUAAUGAGGGAUGCCCCAAAGAAGAAGUAUUAAACACACUGAAUGACCUGAUUAAAAAUAUUCCAGAUGCCAAAAAACUUGUUAAGUAUUGGAUAUGCCUUGCACGUGUCGAACCACUCACAAGUUCUAUUGAAAAUAUUAUCUCAAUCUUUGAGAAGGCCAUUCUGGCAGGAGCUCAGCCUAUUGAAGAAUUGCGACAUGCAAUUGCAGAUAUUCUAACAAUGAAGAGUCAAGAAAAAGUUAAAUUUGGAGAAAAUCUUGAGGAGGCUUGUGCAACGAAGGAAAAUAUCCAAGAAGUCAACAUCGAAGAUAUUGGUGUUAAUCAAGAGUCAGGAAAACCUGAAAUGGAAAAUAAACAUCAUAGAAAUGUAGUAUUUCAAGAUUGUAAAAAAGAGCAAGUACACAAAACGAAAGAUCCAACCAAUGAUGUUAAAACCCCCAACACAGAAACUAGGGAGGGUUGCUUAAUUAAAUAUAAUGUGUCUACUACACCAUACUUGCAAAGUGUAAAAAAGAAAAUGCAGUUUGACGAAAUUAAUUCUGCAUUUAAAGAGCUCAAGUUUCUAACACCAGUUAGACGUUCUCAGCGACUUCAAGACAAGACUUCUAAGUUGCCCGAUAUGUUAAAAGACCAUUAUCCUUGUGUGUCUUCAUUGGAACAGUUAACAGAGUUGGGGGAUGAAACUGAUGCUUUUAUAUGCCGCCCUAAUGCAGCACUGUGCCGGAUGUAUUUGGAGACUGAAACAACAGAAGAGAAAUAAAGCUAUGAUAAGAAAUAAGGAUUUUAUUAUUCCUGGGGUGUUUGUUUGUUGUGGCUUCAUAUGUCUUAGUUCAGGAGUUGGCCAAGUUACCUAAGUAUUCAUGGCAGUAAACUCUUUUAUAAUAUUCACAUAAUAGAUGUUGCCUUCUGCUUGUCAGAAAGCUAGAUCCUAUAUUGUCUAUUUCAACAGAUUAAGAUUUUCUCUAAGGUAGCUAAACUUUGUCAACUAGUUUACUAUGUUCUUUUAGUAUAAUUAAUGUCAUUCUAUUUCCAGUGGUAUUUCUAAAAUAACUAAUACUUAAACUUGUUUUGUAAUAUAAAAACUUAACUGUUAAAUAAUGUCCCCUGAAACAUAAUAGUUAUAUACAGUAAACAGUUCUCUUCUUCCCACACACAUAAAUACCAUAAUAAAAUUGUUUAUGUCUUUGAACUGAUAUUUAAAUAGUAUUUAUCCUCUACCAGGUCCAUGUUUUCAAAUCAGUAAUUGGCCAUUGUAAAAGCUUAAAUCAUUUUAAAACUGUAAUAUGAAUGUGGUUGAAAAUCACAUGCUUGGGCUCAUUUAUGUUCAUAUAUUCCAUUUGUAUAACAGUACCUUCCAUUGUCUUCUGUUCUAGAGAGCAGGAUUUUUUUUUUAAAAAAACUGCCUAAUAUGUAAACAAUAAAUUAACAUAUCUACAUAAUGAUGUUUCAGUGCCAUUUAUUUCAACAAAUAUGAAAUGUAGUUUAACCACAGUGAAUAAAUUCAAACCUCACCUUUGGAAAUAAAUUAUAGUGGGAUUUGACUUGAGGUUUUCAACACUUAAAAGUAAGUGCUUAAUGGUUAUUUUCUUUUGAAAAUAAUCUACUUCUCUAAAAUUGUACCUUAAAUUUACCAUAAGUAUUUUUUUUAAAACUUUUUAUUGAUUUUUAGAGAUAGAGGAAGGGAGAGAGAGAGAGAUAGAAAAUCGAUGAGAUCAAUUGGCUGCCUCUUGCACACCCCCUUCUGGGAAUAGAACCUGCAACGGGUAUGUGCCCUGACUGGGAAUCAAACCAGUGACCUCCUGGUGUGUGGAAUGAUGCUCAACCAACUGCGACACAGUGGCCAGGCAAUUUUUACCUUAUUUCUUUAGUUUGUUCUUUUCAUACUUUGUACAAGUGGCACAAAAUAUGCCAUUUUGAAAUAAACUUCAAGUUGGCUUAUGCACUGAGCUUUUUAACCAGUUAACUGCCACACGUCCAAAACAGAAACCAUCCCCACACACUGAUACUUUGAAUUUAAUUAAAAAAAUUAAUUUGCAACAAAUAUUAUAGAAAUAAAUAUAUUACAAUUUGGGUGUUCUUGAAUAUUUUCAGCUGAAAAUUCUCAUGAAAAGUGAUUUUAAAGUUGGUCAGAGCUGCCACUUAGGGAAAACUUUUUUUUAUUUUUAUAGAUGCGCGUGGCGUAUGGGGAAGGUCCACUGCUUGCAAUUACAGAUGCUUAUGGCAUACAGUGGGUUAAUAUCUAUAACAUAAGGGCCUUGAAGUUUAAUAGACCUAUGAGCUUUGAAGUUUAAAAGGCCUAUAUUCAAAAUCUCAGCUCCUACCUUUUCUUAAGUUAUGUGGCCAUGGAGAAGUUACUUAAUUGAACCUCAUCUUUCUGAAGGGUAAAGUGGAGAUAAUCCCCUCUGGUCAUUUUAUACAUGUUAUCUGCCUAUCCCUGUGGUUGAUAGGCCAAAAUGGAUACCGCACCCAAGCUGAACUGUCAGUAUCCUUUUCAUAGGUACUUGGAAUCAGAGCUGAGUUCGUCUUUUCUAUGUAGGUAGACCUAAACUAGGUAAACAUGAGGCAUUGGGCAACCACAUAAAGUUUUGGUAGCAAAGACUACUAGUCAAUGGAACAACAAAGUACCUAGGGAAAAGUAGAGACUCUGCCUGGGGUUUUCCUAUAUCAGUUGUGUAUUCAAAUAAGUAAGCGUAUAUGUGGAUUUUGUUUUGCUUUGUUGGAUAUAAAUGGCAUGAUACUUCA